AUGUCGCCUUCUGAAUUGCAACACCCAUCUUCCUCCAAAGACAGCACAAACAAACUACCAGCCAACGAACAGAAAGAUCCGGAAAACCAACUGGGCCUGGAAACAAAGCCUCUGGAGCACCCUCUUCUCUACAACGCAACAUCUCCCACUGUUCUCGUUGACUUUGAUGGAAAACUUGACCCCUACCUGCCCAUGAACUGGCCAUUCCGAAAGAAAGUCAUCACAACGCUUCUCUAUGGUCUCACAACUUGCUGGAUUACUUUCGCUUCCGCUAUCUACUCCGCGGGACUUGAACAAGUCUCAGAAGAAUUUCAAGUGAGCAAAGAAGCAGCAGCAUCGGGCAUCAGUCUAAUCGUCUUCGGAUUCGGACUGGGAUCCCUAAUUUGGGCUCCCCUAAGUGAAGUUUACGGACGAAAAUGGGUAGUAAUACUGCCGUACUUUAUUGCAGCCGUUUUCUCCUUCGGAACAGCAACGGCGAAGGAUAUCCAGACCGUUCUCAUUACUCGAUUCUUUGCUGGAUUCUUCGGCAGCGCACCUGUGACGAAUACAGGUGGUGUAAUGGCAGAUAUCUGGGCCCCUCAGCAGCGUGGGGCUGCCAUCGUUGGGUAUUCAAUCACCAUUGUCGGCGGACCAACACUCGGACCCAUUAUUGGAGGGGCUCUCACUUCGAGUUAUCUUGGUUGGAGGUGGACCGAGUAUUUGACCGGUACCGUUAUGAUGGUGCAGGUAGUUUUGGAUAUUAUUGUAUUGGAAGAAAGUUAUCCUCCGGUACUACUUGCCUACAAAGCUCGCCGGCUGCGUUUCGAAGGCAAGAACUUUGCUUUGCAUGCCAAGCAAGAGGAAUGGAAUUUCUCACUGAGUGAGCUUUCGCAAAAAUAUCUUAUUCGGCCAAUCCAGCUGCUGGGUAUUCUUUACGCGAAUCUCGAAGCCUUCUCAGUCGAGUUCCAAGAGAUUCGUGGGUGGGGACCAGUUGUCGGUAAUCUUCCAUUCAUCGCCAUGCUGGUCGGGAUUUUCUUCGCGGCAGCCGUCAACAUCUUCAACAACAAAUACUACUUCAUUCAAUUCAAGGCAGAUGGUAAUAAAGCAGUCCCCGAGGCUCGACUACCACCAAUGAUGAUCGGAGGGUUUGCGUUUACGGCCGGUCUCUUUAUCUUUGGCUGGACAUCGUCACCAAGUAUCAACUACUGGCCUUCGAUUAUUGGUAUUGCGUUGACUGGAUUCGGUUUCACGACGAUCUUCCAAGCAGCCCUCAACUAUUUGGUUGACACCUUUACUCGCUUCAGUGCUAGUGCUGUCGCUGCCAGUACAUUUCUGCGCUCUAUUAUGGCAGGCGCAUUCCCGCUGUUCUGCCUACCCAUGUAUCAUAACAUCGGUGUCAACUGGGGCACCACCGUCUUUGGCUGUGUUGCUGCAGUUCUGACUCCUGUGCCCUUUCUGUUCUUCGUUUGGGGCAAACGGAUCCGAUCUCGGGGAGAAUGGAGUAAGUCUACAGUCUAG